AUGGACAAAUUACCCCUGUUGCUGGUGGGUUACCCAAAAGAAACUGCUUUGCAUGAUCCACAUGUAGAUGGACAAAUUUUGGAUGCAAAAGAGCAUCUUGCUGCACUAGCUGACAAGCUUGGUUCUUCACUAACAGAUAUCCAUCUGUCAGUAAAAACCUCACAAACAUCUGCUGAUGUUGCUGAACAAGUUGAUUAUGAAGAUAUUGAUGAACAGUAUGAGGGACCAGAAGUCCAAGCAUUGACUGAGGAGGACUAUCUAUUACCAAAAUCUGAUUAUGUUUCUACAACUGUACCACCUGUUGCCUCAUCUUCAUUGUUUAAUGAUGAAGAUGAAGAAGAGGAAGAAUUACAGAAAGAACUUGAUCGUGUGGAUAAUGUUGACCAAGUUCAAAGUCCUUCUUUACCAAUUGUUCCUCAAGAAAAAUGCUCUCCAGAGGAUGGUAGUCCUGCAGUUGAAAUAGAAAACUCAGAUCCUGAUGUUAUGGGGCCUCAAAAGGAGGACACAGAUAUGUUAGAAGAGCCACUUGAAGCUAAAAGUUCAACACCACUUCCUGUUCUCUGUGUAGAAGAUGGAAAUGUAAUCUUACGAUUUUCAGAAAUAUUCGCUAUUCAUGAGCCUUUAAAGAAAGCUGUAAAUAGGGAACAAUGGUUUUCUGUUCCAAAAGUUUUAGUGACUGAUGUUCAUGUGGUGGGGUGGCAGGAUGAAAUGUUUCCUUACAGGAAGAACUUUUCUGGAAAGAUGAAGCCCAAAAGAUCUUGA